AUGAGGAAUUUUCUGGUAUUUUUAGUAUUUUUGCUGAAAUUCGGCGAAACUUGUCAUCCACAAUUCGAAAAAGAAUUGCGAUAUUUGGAUGCGUAUUUGGGAAUUCGACCCGAUAAUCGGGGAGAAUUAAUUGAAGCUGGUAAGUUUUUAGAAAAUUUGAUAAUUCACUGAAAAUUUCGGCAAUUUUCAUAGAAAAAUGCAGUUUCUCUUUGAAAAAUUUCAGUUUUCCAAAAAAAUAAGCAGUCCCAAAAAAUAAGCAGUCCCAAAAAAUAAGCAGUCCCAAAAAGAUAAGCAGUCCCAAAUUUCUCUGCUUCUCUGCGUCUCGUUGGUUAGCACGCAGAGAGAUAAAUAAGCAGUCCCAAAAAGUUAAGCAGUCCCAAAAAAUAAGCAGUCCCAAAAAUAAGCAGUCCCAAAUUUUUCUGCUUCUCUGCGUCUCUCGUUGGUUAGCAUGCAGAGAGAUAAAUAAGCAGUCCCAAAAAGAUAAGCAGUCCCAAAAAAUAAGCAGUCCCAAAAAAUAAGCAGUCCCAAAAAGUUAAGCAGUCCCAAAAAAAUAAGCAGUCCCAAAAAUAAGCAGUCCCAAAAAGUUAAGCAGUCCCAAAUUUUUCUGCUUCUCUGCGUCUCUCGUUGGUUAGCAUGCAGAGAGAUAAAUAAGCAGUCCCAAAAAGAUAAGCAGUCCCAAAAAUAAGCAGUCCCAAAAAAUAAGCAGUCCCAAAAAAUAAGCAGUCCCAAAUUUUUCUGCUUCUCUGCGUCUCUCGUUGGUUAGCAUGCAGUCCCAAAAAGUUAAGCAGUCCCAAAAAUAAGCAGUCCCAAAAAGUUAAGCAGUCCCAAAAAGUUAAGCAGUCCCAAAAAGUUAAGCAGUCCCAAAAAAUAAGCAGCCCCAAAAAGUUAAGCAGUCCCAAAUUUUUCUGCUUCUCUGCGUCUCUCGUUGGUUAGCAUGCAGAGAGAUAAAUAAGCAGUCCCAAAAAGAUGAGCAGUCCCAAAAAAUAAGCAGCCCCAAAAAGUUAAGCAGUCCCAAAAAGUUAAGCAGUCCCAAAAAAUAAGCAGUCCCAAAAAUAAGCAGGCACAAAAAUUGCAUUUUUCAAAUGAAAAUUGGCAUUUCUCCCCCCAAAAAAAAUAAAAAGAAAACAACGAUACUCCGCGCUGACACCACGUUUGCGUGCGUCUUUUUUUGAAAAAUUCACAUCAUUCUCAGGGAAACGAAUGCUCCGGAGCGCGCCCUGAUUUCGGCCCCCGGAGCGCGCUCCGGAGCAAAUCCAAAUUAUUUGGGGCGCAAAUUGGGGUCAAAUUUUGGGCGAAUUGGGGCAAAACUGAGUUUUUUUCGAAAACGAAAUCGGGGCAACAUUUGGAGCGCUGAUGUUUUGCCCCAGUUGCUCUCACUAUUCCUCGAACUUCUUUCACUUUGUGCUUCCCAUUGAAUUGAACCUGAAUAAUUUUACCACUGCGCUAACCUGCAUACCCUGGGCGAUGUCUCAAAUUGCAUAGAUAAAUUCGCAUGUGAAAAAUGCGCGAGUGUGCGAUAGGAACUCAAUUCUUUCAGAAGUUUUUCAUGCAGUAUUUUGAGGGGAUAGUUACUAAUACUAAAUAUACACUUUUAACCUUCCACAGAGUUUUUAAUUUACAAGAAAAAGUGAAUUUUACUUUGUGAAACUCAGAAUCGGAAAUCGCCAUUUGGUUGAAUUCCUGCACUAUUUCUUUCCAAAAUGUUCGAAUAGUUUCCGAAAUAUCAGGAAUCAGCUUGAAAAAAUAGGGUUUUUUAUAUUGUUUCGCGGUUAAAGUAGUUCUGAUUACUUUUUUUUCUUUUCGAUGAACUUCAGUCAUUCGAUGAACUUCAUUGAACUUCAGUCAGAUUCGAUGAACUUCAGUCAGAAGAGGUUACUGUACCAACGGUAAAUUGCAUUUCUCCUUCAUUUUCCCAAAGAGUUUUAAAGGAUUGGAGUUUAAAAAUGGGGCAUUUUCGAUUUUUGAACCUGAAAUUGGAGCCCGCUCCGGUGCAGUUUUUUCUUGGGGACGAUAUUUUCAGUUUGCCCUAAUUCGCCCCUAUUUUUGCCCGGAUUAUUGUAUAAUUGGGGCCGAAAUGGGGCGGAUUCGAUUCAUGCCCCUGGCAUUUGGGGCUCGCUCCGGAGCAUUCGUUUCCCUGAGUUCUUGCAGAACCGGUGAAUUUUGCCACGUAUAUCGAAUCGCCGGAUGAGCUGAAUUGCGAUUUUGAAUCGGAGCAGUGCUCGUGGAGAAAUGCACCAACUGAUGAUUUAUUGGAUACAAGUGAUUGGUGGUAUUUUCAGGUAUUUUUUAGUUGUCAAAAAAGUAUUUUUUUCUAAUAUUUUAAAUUUUUCCCACAGAAAACCGACGAUAAAUCAUUGCCAGUUCAAAUCCAACCAGGAAACCCGAAAAUCCCAAAAGGCGAACAUUUUCUAAUUGCUGGAAAUACCACGCAAACUGCUCAAGGUGCUGUGAUAACCAGUGCUCCAAUUGCGUGUCAAAAAGGAUUUUCAAACUUCACUUUCAAUUAUUGGCUUUAUAAUCAUGCACAAAUUGAAGUGAUCAUUUUGCGAGCAAUGAAUCGAAGAAGACAUUUACAAGUUUUGAUGAGACCAAAAAUGAAAUGUGAUUUUUUGGGCGGUUCGAAAGCUGCUGAGGAAUGUCGAGUGGAAAUUCCACCGAUUAAAGGAGCCUUUUCGAAUUGCGAUUCGAGCUUUUGAUUUGAAAGAUAAUACUGUUGGAAGUUUUGCAAUGAUUGAUCAUAUUCGAUAUUUUGGAAAUAUUUGUCAGCAAAGUCGUAAGUUUUUCGGAGAGAAAUAGAAAAUUCACCAAAAAAUUGAAAUUUCCAGCCUUUCCCUCAUAUUUUUCCUCACUAAUCGUUCCGCCAUUCGAAGAAACAGCGCUCGAAAAAAUGUCGGAUUUGAGUUGCGAACGUCCACUUCGAAGUUGUCGCUGGGAAAAUCAGGGAAAAUCGCGACUUUCCGAAUGGCGAGUUGGUCGAACUGUCGACAGAUGGGCCGAUAUUUUUGAGACUUCGGCUAAUCAAUCGCAUCCCAAUUCGUCUUUUCUGUUUUUGGCGGUUGAUGUUUUCUCACCUCGGCCUUAUUCAACACUUUCUAGUCAGGUUAUUCCAUGUUCACAAAGGACGACGACUAUUUCGAUGAGGUAGGGUUAUUUAUUUAGAAAAUGAGUAGACACAAAAAUAAGCAGUCCCAAAAAAUAAGGGCUCUGUUCGGAAAUAAAUGGUUUUAGAGAAAAUAAAGGGUUUUUCAGAAAAUAAAGGGUUUUAUUGGGAAGUUCUUUUUACUUUUUCGGGCUCUUAAAACCAUUUUUUCUUGAAAAACCCUUUAUUUUCUGUAAAACCCUUUAUUUUCGGAAAAACCCUUUAUUUUCUGAAAAACCCUUUAUUUUCUCUAAAACUCUUUAUUUUCGGAAAACCCUUUAUUUCCGAACAGAGCCAAAAUAAGCAGUCCCAAAAAAUAAGCAGUCCCGAAAAAUAAGCAGACACAAAAAUAAGCAGACACAAAAAUAAGCAGUCCCAAAUUUCUCCGCUUCUCUGCGUCUCUCGUUGAUUAGCAUGCAGAGAGAUAAAUAAGCAGUCCCAGAGAAGUAAAUAAGCAGUCCCAAAAUGUUAAGCAGUCCCAAAAAGUUAAGCAGUCCCAAAAAUAAGCAGCCCCAAAAAGUUAAGCAGUCCCAAAAAAUCUAAAUAUUUUUGCAGAUAUUGGAUGAAAACCGGAACUCAAGCAGAAAUUUGUGCAAUCGAUGAAGAUGGAAUUGCUCUAAGUUGCGCAUAUUUGGAACCAAAUGAUCAACCUGGUCCAAUUUCAAUCGAUCUCGAUUCAUAUUCAAAACCUUUCCGCUUCACAAUCGCCAUCAUUGCCUUCGAUGAAAAUUCGAUCGGUCUAAUCGCAAUUUCCGAAUUAAAAGUCAGCGGAUUGUUAUGUUCCGAACCAGCUCCACCAAUUCUCACCACCAUCAAUCCACCAACAAUUCAUCAAAUAUUCGGCCUUCAACCCGGUGCUGGCCGAUAUGUUCCAUAUGAUUUAUCAUUGGAUUGUGAUUUCAGUAAGGAUUAUUGUAGUCAAUGGGUGAAUUAUGAUGGAAUUGUUAAAUAUGGAGUUAUGCCAAGAGAUUCGAAUUUGUUCCCGAUUCCUCGCAAUUUUCCAGCAAAGGGAAAUGUUGCUCUUUUUUUAUUGCAAAAUGUUACAAUGAGUGUUUUGAAAAGUCGACAAGUUACGUGUUCUUAUAAUGGACAAAUUGAUGUGACUUAUAUGAAGUGAGUUUGGUUUUUUUGCUAUGUUUUGUGUGUGUGUGUGUCUGCUUAUUUAUCUCUCUGCAUGCUAAUCAACGAGAGAGGCAGAGAAUCAGAGAAAUUUGGGACUGCUUAACUUUUUGGGACUGCUUAACUUUGUGUCUGCUUAUUUUUUGGGACUGCUUAUUUUUGUGUCUGCUUAUUUUUGGGACUGCUUAUUUAUCUCUCUGCAUGCCAAUAAACGAGAGACGCAGAGAAGCAGAGAAAUUUGGGACUGCUUAACUUUUUGUGUCUGCUUAUUUUUUGGACUGCUUAUUUAUCUCUCUGCAUGCUAAUCAACGAGAGACGCAGAGAAACAGAGACAUUUGGGACUGCUUAACUUUUUGUGUCUGCUUAUUUUUUGGACUGCUUAUUUUUGUGUCUGCGUGUUUCUGUGUUGGGCUGGCAGAACCAGGGUUCGACCCCACCCCAACUUGUUUUAAAAUUGUUUUUUUCAGAUCUGAAGAUGCUCAAAUCCGCAUCUGCGCUCUUGAUCAAUGUGUCGAUGGUGCAACAUCAGAUGGUAUAGUUUCAAUCGGCGUCAGUUCAACCGUCCCAUUCCACGUCACCAUCGAAGCGUCUUCUCGUGCAAACGCAGUGGUCAUCGUAAAAUCCAUCAAAACAUCCGGCGAAUUCUGUCCCCUCAAAACCGCGGAACAAACAGUCUGCGAUCAAUUAGCCUGUAAUUUCAAAGACUCACUUUGUCAAUACGAAUCAGCAAUCGAAAAAGCGGGCGAUCUUCCAGUUCAAAUCACACCAAAUGGUGCAACCGUAACACUUUCUGGUGGUGGAAUUCGCUCAGUCAUUCACAGCCCCCUAUUCGAUCUUGCCUACCCAUCAAUCCUCAUGAUCACAAUAUCCCAAUCAACGUUCGGCUCACGUGUUCUCCUUUGCCCAGAAGCCACAACUGAUCCCACAUUUUGUCAUGAAUUAUCUGGACCGCGAGUUUUGGACACGUCCCCGAAAAAAGUGAUGUUUCCAUUGGAUAUUGGUGCAAGAUCUUUUUCACUGGUUAUGUUACACGAUAAAUCGAUUGAAUUUGGUGCCGCCCAUUUUACAAUUCAUGAAAUUGAAAUUCGUACGGUUAAUGAUGAACAGAUAUGUUAUUAAAUAAGUAAUAUUUCUAUUUUUGUUGAAUUUUCAAAUAAAUUAUUUAUUAUUUUUUGAUUUUUAUUCGUUUGAAGGCGGUUAAGCAGUAUUUCACGAAAUAAAAAAGUGUUUUUUUUUAAUUUCGUGAAUUAUUGAUUCCACAUACUUGAGAAGUCCUAUUUCAAUGUUUUAAAAGCUUAAAAGUGCAUUUUAUCAGCUUUCCUGGGUCAAAAAUGAUAUUUUUGCUCAAUUUUUUUAAAAAGAGCUCCAGCUCCUUUCAUUCUCAACCAUAUUUCAUCAAACAACUUGGAAUAGCCUUCAAUUUUCCUUCCUCUGUCUUCUCCAUAUUCGAUUUACUUACAAAAAUUCAAAUUUCCAGCAUUUUUCAGCAAAAAACAAGCGCAAAAAAAGAUGAGAGAGUGCGGUUUGCUGAAGAGACGGAUGAGAGAGAGAGAGAAGAAGAGAGAGUGUGUGGAGUGUGGAGAGUGCUGACGCAAUAGGGGAUCUUCUUCCAUUUUCAAUGUUUUGUGAUUAUUUUUGCGUGAACUUAUUGAAUUUUUAAGUAACAUUUUCUAUAGAAAAUUAAAAUUGUUUUUCAAAUUGCCACGUCAAAGUUCACGUUUUCAUCAUAUAAUUGUUCAUUUUUCAGAAAAUCGAUGUUGAUAAUCGGAAAAAAAUGAUGAAAAAGAUGUUUUUGUUCUCGAUUUUCAAGGAAUUCAACAUGUUAUUAAUUUCGAUAUGCUAGAAGAUAUUAUGAAAAUUAUGAAGAAACGGAUUGCCAACUAUAUUUAUAAACAAAAAAGGCUGAAAUUUCCGGAUUUCUUGAAAGAUUUGGCUGAAGAAGAAGGACAAGCACCUUCAGGAACAAAUGGAGAAAAAGGAUGUUUUGGAUUAGGUUUGGCUGGAAUCGCUAAUAAGGUUUGUCAUUUGGAAAUUUUGAAAGAUGUUGAAAAAUAAGCAGUCACAAAAAAUAAGCAGUCCCAAAAAUAAGCAGUCCCAAAAAUAAGCAGACCCAAAAAGUUAAGCAGUCCCAAAAAAUAAGCAGUCCCAAAAUAAUAAGCAGUCCCAAAAUAAUAAGCAGUCCCAAAAAUAAGCAGUCCCAAAAAUAUAAGCAGACACAAAAAAUAAGCAGACACAAAAAUAUUGAAAUUUUUUUUCGCAGUGUUUUCGCUCUUCGAAAAAAUUCAAAACAUUAGAAUUAGUCAUUUCUCAUUAAAAUAAUUGCUUCAAUUCCUAAUUUUCCCAUUGUUUAUGAGUAGUAAGUGUGCCCCAAACUUUGUCUAACCAACCAGAUGUGUCAAAAAAAAAAGUUGUAUUAUAUUAUUAUUCUUUCGGACAGCUGCCCAAUUUAUCAAAACUAAACAUUUUUCGCGGCCCAUUUUUAUUACAAAAAAUGGCUGCAAUCUGACAGAGUUUUUCAUAAUUGGCUUUUAGAACGCUGUGCAAAACAUUUCUUCAUAUUUUUAUUUUUUACAAUGCGAAAACUUAUAUUUUCUCUAUUUAUUUUUGGAUCUCUAUUCUAUUUCGGUGGAUUUUUCAAUCAAAAUUACCCCAAAAAAGUUGCGAUAACUCGAAAAAUCGAAAAAAUCCCUAUCAAAUUCUAUAAAACUUGCUACAUCGACCAGAAAAUCGGGAAGAUUCGACUAUUCUCAAUGAAUCCAUGUGUUCACAAAUCGUUUCAUUUCAAUGCAAAAUUAACCAGGAAAAAUGGGAGUUUUGUGGAGGAUUUGAAGUUUUUUGGAAGACCGACUGAAGGAGAAUGCCCUUGGCAUUGGGCCAAAAAUUGUUUUUAUAAUUCGUAUAUUUUUGAGGCGGAUAUUAUCAAUGAAAUUCGGGAGAUUCCAGAGAAAUUGGAGCUGUUUUUGGAAGAACCUGGAAGGAUUUUGAGAUUUUCAGCAGAGAAUAUUAGAAUUGUUGAAAUUGAGAAGAAAGAUGGGUUGACGAUUUGUGUACAACCGGUUUAUUUUUAUUCGGAAUUGCACAAUGUGUUGCUUUUUAUUGAGGUGAGUUUCGGAAUUUCAAGCGCGCUAACUUAUUUUUGGGACUGCUUAUUUAUCUCUCUGCCUGCUAAUCAACGAGAGACGCAGAGAAGCAGAGAAAUUUGGGACUGCUUAUUUUGGGACUGCUUAUUUAUCUCUCUGCAUGCUAAUCAACGAGAGACGCAGAGAAGCAGAGAAAUUUGGGACUGCUUAUUUUUUGGGACUGCUUAUUUUUUUGGGACUGCUUAACUUUUUGUGUCUGCUUAUUUUUUGUGUCUGCUUAUAUUUUUUGGGACUGCUUAUUUUUUGGGACUGCUUAUAUUUUUUGGGACUGCUUAUUUGUCUCUCUGCAUGCUAAUCAACGAGAGACGCAGAGAAGCAGAGUAAUUCGGGACUGCUUAUUUUUUGUGUCUGCCUUUUUUUUGGGACUGCUUUACUUUUUGGGACUGCUUAACUUUUUGGGACUGCUUAUUUUUUGGGACUGCUUAUUUUUUGGGACUGCUUAUUUUUUGGUACUGCUUAUUUUUUGGGACUGCUUAUUUUUGGGUCUGCUUAUUUUUUGGGACUGCUUAUAUUUUUUGGGACUGCUUAUUUGUCUCUCUGCAUGCUAAUCAACGAGAGACGCAGAGAAGCAGAGUAAUUCGGGACUGCUUAUUUUUUGUGUCUGCCUUUUUUUGGGACUGCUUAACUUUUUGGGACUGCUUAACUUUUUGGGACUGCUUAUUUUUUGGGACUGCUUAUUUUUUGGGACUGCUUAUUUUUUGGUACUGCUUAUUUUUUGGGACUGCUUAUUUUUGGGUCUGCUUAUUUUUUGGGACUGCUUAUAUUUUUUGGGACUGCUUAUUUGUCUCUCUGCAUGCUAAUCAACGAGAGACGCAGAGAAGCAGAGUAAUUCGGGACUGCUUAUUUUUUGUGUCUGCCUUUUUUUGGGACUGCUUAACUUUUUGGGACUGCUUAACUUUUUGGGACUGCUUAUUUUUUGGGACUGCUUAUUUUUUGGGACUGCUUAUUUUUUGGGACUGCUUAUUUUUUGGGACUGCUUAUUUUUGGGUCUGCUUAUUUUUUGGGACUGCUUAUAUUUUUUGGGACUGCUUAUUUUUUGGGACUGCUUAUUUGUCUCUCUGCAUGCUAAUCAACGAGAGACGCAGAGAAGCAGAGUAAUUCGGGACUGCUUAUUUUUUGUGUCUGCCUUUUUUUUGGGACUGCUUAACUUUUUGGGACUGCUUAACUUUUUGGGACUGCUUAUUUUUGUGUCUGCUUAUUUUUUUGGGACUGCUUAUUUUGUGUUUUGUGUCUGCAUAGAAAAUUAGUUUUUCUGGCAGACCCAGGGUUCGACCCUCACCCGCCGCAAUUUUUUUUUGUUUUUAAAUUCUAAAUUUUCAGGCUUGGCGAGCCCAAGGUGCUUCAAAAUUCAUUAUCUACUAUCACUCGGCAACGAAACCCGUUCGAAAAUUGCUGAAAUUCUACGAGAACCUUCAAAUCCUCCGAAUCAUCCCAUGGCCAAAAUUCGGCGAACUUUCCUCGCCAAAAAAUCGCCACCGAUUUCCAAGCCCCGAUUCUUCAUCCUAUCGAAGCGGUCAUACUUUAUCGCAAAAUUUGUGUGUUUUGGAAAUCGACACGAAAUUCGGCGCAAUUUCGGAUUUCGAUGAAAUUCUCGUGGCUCCGCGGAGCAAAAAUCAAACAACUCUGGAAUUUAUUGAAAAUGAGUUCAGUGCUCCUUCAAAUUUCAUCGGAGCCCUCAGUUUUCCCCAUUUCUUCGUCAAAUUCUACCCGAAAAUCGAGACUUUGGAUUUUCACGGUGUUUUGAGGCCGGUGUUUAUGCGGAAAAAGGGACCACCCAAAUUGAUUUUCAAAGUGGCGGAGGUGGAUGUUUUGUGCACACAUUCGAUUCAGAAAUUUGUUGGUGGAAGGAAAAUUGUGACCAAAAAUGUGGUAAGCCUAAGCCUAAAAAAAUAACCUUAGCUAAGCCUAAGCCUAAAACCUUAGCUAAGCCUAAUUUUUAGCUAAGCCUAAGCCUAAAAAAAAUAACCUUAGCUAAGCCUAAAAAUUUUCCAGAACUCUGCGGCUCUUCUUCAUUUUCGCCAAAACGCCUACACCGAACCAAAUUCGCCCGAAAUCUCCCUAAACUUUUCAAUCUUCAAAUCGCCCCAAAAAAUCGAUAAAUUACACCAAAUUAUACGCCACGUGUUCCCCAAAAAUCCACCAAUUUUCAACCCGAAAAUCAUACGAGAAGUCAAAAAAUGUGUGCAGGAUUUGGUGUAAGUUACAUCAAAUUUGAAAAAAAAAAUUUCUGAACUGAAAAAAAUGUGAUUUUUUUAGGGAUCUGCAAGUUUGUCGAAGUACGGUAUGGUUUUGUGAGCAAAAAAUGCGAAAUUUUGGCGAUUUUUGGAGUUUUGUUGAUGGGAAUUUGCAAGUUUUUGUUUAG